AACACACACACACACACACUCGGCGCUGGGCAGACGCAGUGAACGGCUCCGCUGGCUGUGUGUUAGAGAGACACGGAGCGACUCAUUGCAUUUCUUUUGACUGUGUGUGUGUGUUGGUGAUGUAAUUGUUUAACUCCAGCAGGUCAUAACAGGGCGAUUUGUCCGUUAAUCACCAUAUGAGAUCCGUCAGCGGGACACCAGACACAGAGACGCUCGAGAAACCUCUUUUCAGGUUUGGCGAUGUGGCUGCGCGUUCUGUUGGCGUGUUUGCUGCUUGAGUUCUGCGGCGCGGCUCCUCACGCUCACAUCAACCGCCUCGCACUCUUCCCUGACAAGAGUGCCUGGUGUGAAGCCAAAAACAUCACGCAGAUCGUCGGACACACGGGCUGCACGCCACGAUCCAUCCAAAACAGGGCCUGUCUGGGUCAGUGUUUCAGCUACAGUGUGCCCAACACCUUCCCACAAUCCACCGAGUCUCUGGUCCAUUGUGACUCCUGCAUGCCAGCGCAGACACAGUGGGAGGUGGUGACUCUGGACUGUGCCGGCAGCGAUGAAGCCCCGCGUGUGGAUAAGCUAGUGGAGCGCAUCCUUCACUGCAGCUGCCAGUCGUGCAGUAAAGAGAGCAGCCAGGAGGGGGCGCUGCUGCAGCUGUACCCUUCAGAGGGAGCGCUGGAGACGCCGUCGCUGCCAGACGCUACACACACGCAGCACGCUCACAUGCACGCCCACGCGCAUUCUGACAUACACACGCCUGAGGCGGGGUGAUGCGCGCGCAUACUUACACUUUCUUACACUGUCUCUCUCUCUCUGUCUGUCUAAAGCACUUUUUCACAUAGAGAUCACAACACUAAUCAACACUUUAUCACGGUCACUGAAGCUUCAGUCAGCUCUGUGAAUAAAUGCGCACACACUCACACACUCAACUAUAUAUUACUGAUGCAUUCACUCACGUCCAGAUCUAUAGGCCUAUAUCUGUAAUGUAGCCUACUGGAACACGUACAGUCAGACUGUGUGUCACAUAUAUAAUAUUGUUUAAUCACAAUAAAAUGUGAAAUCAC